AGUAUAUAUUUGCUUACGUUAAGUUAUUUGUCGCUUGCUUGCGCAGACACUAUUUUUCAACAAUCUGAACAAAUGGCGGAUGAGGCUGCAAAGGCUGGGAUCGUGAAAAAGAGAACGUUCAAGAAAUUCGCCUUCAGAGGAGUCGAUCUCGAUGCUCUUCUCGACAUGUCUACUGAUGAUCUUGUCAAGCUCUUCAGUUCCCGUAUUCGCAGAAGGUUCUCUAGAGGGUUGACGAGGAAGCCUAUGGCUUUGAUCAAGAAAUUGCGAAAAGCGAAAAGGGAUGCACCAGCUGGUGAGAAGCCAGAAGCAGUGAGAACCCAUCUAAGGAACAUGAUCAUCGUGCCUGAAAUGAUUGGAAGCAUCAUUGGUGUAUACAAUGGAAAGACAUUUAACCAAGUCGAGAUCAAACCUGAGAUGAUUGGUCAUUACUUGGCUGAGUUUUCAAUCUCAUAUAAGCCUGUUAAGCAUGGUAGGCCUGGUGUUGGUGCCACCAAUUCCUCCAGGUUUAUCCCUCUCAAGUGAAUGAUCUAUUCUUCUUAGAGUCAUGUGUUAUGCUCCAGAAUAAGAAUUCCGCUGCUUUUUUCUUGAUAACGUUUUGUCUUUGUUUCUCUGCUCUCCUUUAGAUUUUAUUAUAAAACAAUUCUUCAUGCUUUUCAAUAAUA